AUGAAGUUCCUCGCGGUCCUCGCGUCUAUCGGCCUCGUCGCCGCCGCCCCUACCAGCGCCGCCGCCGACGAGGCUCAGCUCGAGGCCCGCCAGUACUACGGGGGCUUCUCCACCACGCGCAAUGACCUCGUGAGCGGCAGCUCGGCCAGCUGCCCCAAGGUGAUCUUCAUCUUUGCCCGUGCCUCGACCGAGACCGGCAACAUGGGCGCAAGCGUCGGCCCGAACGUAGCCAACGGCCUGGCGCAAAAGUACGGCACCUCGCUGUGGGUGCAGGGCGUGGGCGGGCCGUACGACGCCGGGCUCGAGGACAACGCGCUGCCGGCGGGCACGACGCAGGGGGCCAUCGACGAGGCGACGCGCAUGUUCACCAUGGCGAACCAGAAGUGCCCGCAGGCGGCCGUCGUCGCCGGCGGCUACAGCCAGGGCACGGCCGUCAUGUCCAACUCGGUCGGCAAGCUGCCGCAGGCGCUCAAGGACCAGCUCAAGGGCGUCGUGCUCUUCGGCUACACCAAGAACAUGCAGAACCGCGGCCAGAUCCCCAACUUCCCCACCGACAAGACCAAGAUCUACUGCAACGAUGGCGAUCUGGUGUGCACCGGCAGCCUGGUCGUCACGGCGGCGCACUUUGGCUACGGCCCGGCCUCGUCGACCGAUGCGCCGCGCUGGUUGAUCCAGAAGAUUGAGGGCAGCGCUUAAGUUUUGUGAGGUCCAGGGAAUCAGGGGAAGUUAGGGACCACGGGCCAGGCAAGUACUGUACCAUGGGGUGGUGCGAUGCUGGGAACAAGGGAAGUAAUUGGGGAAUGUACAUACACGACGCGAUGUUUUUAUGAUUAAGGUAUAAGAUACGCCUCAUGUUCAGCGAAUAUGCCUUGAAUGAGCAAUCAAGUAAUCAAGUUCUGCAAUGUCCACC